UUCGAGGGCUAAGGACGUUAAAUAGUGGCAAUGCGGUCAGUAUGCCUAGUAUUUCUGAUAUUUAUUGUACAACAUGUUUGUCCGCGCUCCGGAUUUGUGUUCGAUCAUAAAGAAUGCCUGACAUCAGAAUACACGUGUGGAGAUGGCGAAUGUAUUUCCAAGACUAGAAUAUGUGAUGGCAUUAAAGAUUGCAAAGACGACUCAGAUGAACAUCAUUGUGAAAUGUAUCGUUGUGAAGAACCGGAUUGGUACCGUUGUGCAGAUGGAGAAUGCAUUUCAUCUAGCUUUAGAUGUGAUAAGUCAAUGGACUGCCCUUCGGGAUCCGAUGAACAGAAUUGUGAAGAUUUUGUUUACACACCACCCUCAACUAAUCAUUCAUGUGAACACAAUGAAUGGAUGUGUGCUGAUAGAAUGUGUAUACCUCUCGAGUUUGUGUGCAAUGGAGAUUUUGAUUGCAUGGAUAAAUCUGAUGAAGACAUGGGGUGCAAGGAUCAGCAUGCAUGUGAUGGAUUUCGCUGUCGCAAUGGACAUUGCAUAAGUGAAGAUUGGGUUUGUGAUGGCGCAAUUGAUUGUGCAGAUGGUUCUGAUGAAAUAGAUUGUGAUUCUAGACCUGUUACUUUUAUGUGUAUCUUGGAAAAAGACCACUACCCAUGCCGUGAUAAUUCAAGUUGCAUCCCAAUAAAUAAAGUCUGUGAUAAUAUACCACAUUGCAAAGAUAAAUCUGAUGAAGGGGUUGGGUGCCAACAAGAUUGCACUAGUCUAUCGUGUGCCAAACACUGUGUAAAGACUCCAGAAGGCCCUCGAUGUGUUUGCCCCUCUGGUUUCCAUAAUCCCUUAAACAGUGACUUUUCUCACAUGCACAAGAAUUGGCAAUACAAUAACAAUGAUAACUGCACUGACAUAAACGAAUGUGCUAUUCAUGGAAUGUGCAGUCAAAGAUGUGAAAAUACUAUUGGUUCUUACAAAUGUUUGUGCGAUAUGAAAUAUACACUUUCAAGCGAUAAAAAAAGCUGUAAAGUUAAUGGUGGAGAAGCCUUGCUGCUGUUCAGUUCCAGAUCAAAUAUAAGAGGUUUAUAUUUAGAAUCAAAAAUUCUUUUCCAAGUAAUCAAAAAUCAAAGACAAAUCAUAGGUGUGGAGUAUGAUGGUAAUCAUGUGUAUUGGACUGAUGUUCAUCUUGGAACUGAAUCAAUUUUACGUUCUCUAGAAGAUGGCAGUCAAAUGGAGGUUCUUUUAACAUCUGGUUUGUCAGCACCAGAAGACUUAGCAUUAGAUUGGCUUACUGGAAAUAUUUAUUUUACUGAUGCUGAAUUAAUGCAUAUUGGCGUUUGUUCCAAUGAUGGCAAACAUUGUACAAUUAUAGUAAAUGAAAACAUACACAAGCCUAGAGCAAUAGCAUUAUAUCCUGGACGAGGUCAAAUGUUCUGGUCUGACUGGGGUGAUAAUCCACAAAUUGCCACAUCUUCCAUGGACGGUUCUUCACCUAAACUGUUUGUAAGCACCAAUUUGCAUUGGCCAAAUGGUAUAUCAAUUGAUAUUCCAAAUAAGAGACUAUACUGGGUGGAUGCAAAACUGCAAACGAUUGAAUCCAUUAAUUUAGAUGGAACUGAUCGUCGGAUUGUACUUAAAGGUGUCACCAAACACCCAUAUGCUAUUGCUAUAUUUGAAGAUCAAAUAUACUGGAGUGAUUGGGAUUCGAAAAGUAUACAAUCAUGCAAUAAAUUCACAUGCAAAAACCGUGUUACAGUGGCUAAAGAAUCCAAAGAAUAUAUUUAUGGAAUUCACAUUUACCACAGCGCCCUGCAGCCCAAACAUGAUCAUCCAUGUAUGAAAUCGUCUUGCAGUCAUUUGUGUUUAAUAAAAAGUGCACAUGAAUACUCCUGUGCUUGUCCAGAAGGUAAAGAAUUGUCAGCUGACAAAACAUCUUGCAGAGAAACUCAAAGACAAAGUGAAUUAAUUAUUGGAGCUGGAAAUUUAAUGGUUGGUUUGAUGCAUCAGAAAUUAGGACGACAUGAAUUACAUGGUGUUCCAAUGAAAAUUAAUAUGGAUGUCUUAACAUAUAAUAGCUUAAAUGGUGAAAUAAUUGUGGCUGAUAACAAUAAAAAAUUCAUAUACACUGUGGACAUGUAUACUACCAAAUCAUCUCGUCUCACUGAUAUUAAAUCUGGUGAAGUGGAAGCCAUGCAUUUCGAUAAUCUUGCAAACAACUUAUUUUGGAUUGAUAGUGUUCAGCAAACGAUUGAAGUACUUCAUCUUGAUACUGGCGUUAAAGGAUUUAUUUUACAUGGUUUAGGAGAUCAAGUACCAGUUGGAUUUGCUAUUGUUCCAUCUCAUGGGAUUAUGUUUGUUGCUUUUCGAUCACACGAUCAUACCCAUAUUGAUCGUAUGCUACUGGAUGGAAGUGGAAUCCGAACCCAUGUUGUGGAAGAUGGUUUAGGUAGAUGGGGAAAAAUUUCUAUGGUGUAUGAUCAUGAUCUACAACGCGUUUUCUGGGCUGUCGAAGAAACUGGCAGAAUUGAAAGCUCUUCAGUUGAUGGUGAUGACAGACAUGGCUUCAGACAUACGAAAGAUAAACCCAUAGCAAUUGCAAUUUUGGGAAAUGAUCUAUUUUGGACAACAGCAGGCAAUAGACGUUUAUAUUGGGCAGAUAAACAUAAUCUUGGUAAUGGAUUCAACAAAAAACUAACUAUAGAUAUUGAGCGUAACUUGAAAUCUGUACCUCUGACCGCUAUAACACCACGCACCAUUUCAAAUCAUUUGUGUAUUCAUGAAAAUGGAGGAUGCUCUCAUAUUUGUAUUCCGAUGAUGCAAGGAAAGAUUAGUUGUCAUUGUCCAGUUGGAUUAUCUCUAGUGCCUCCUUACAACAUGAGCUGUGAAACAAUUAUUCACUGUACUGGAGAACAAUUCAGGUGUUCAGAUACAAACAAAUGUAUACCUAUGAUUUUACGAUGCAAUGGAAAUAAAGACUGUGAUUUUGGAGAAGAUGAAUCUGAUUGUGAACGUUACAAAGAUCGCCAGUCCUGCGCUGUAAAUGAAUUUCAAUGUAAUGAUGGUAUUUGUAUUGAGUAUCACUACAAAUGCGAUAAACAUUUUGAUUGUCCAGACAAAUCAGAUGAAGAAAAUUGUGAAAACUAUGUAUCUUCUUCAAAAUGUACACACGCACAAUUUGAAUGUGCAAAUGGGCAAUGUAUUGAUAACAGAUUAUUAUGUGAUGUCUUACCGGAUUGCUUAGAUGGCAGCGAUGAAAAAAUGUGUGAUCAUGUCACAUGUGAAUCUAACAUGUUCCAAUGUCAAUCUGGUUCCUGCAUACCAUCAUCAUGGGAAUGUGAUGGAGAAAUUGAUUGCACAGAUGCUUCUGAUGAACAUACCUUCUGUGAGCCAAACACAUGCAAAGACAAUCAAUUUACUUGUACUAAUGGAAAAUGUAUUGAUAUGGAUUUAAAAUGUGAUCAUGAGGAUGACUGUGGAGAUUCAAGUGAUGAAAUAAGAUGCCCUUCUAAAGAAAAGGAAUCAACAACAGAAACUGAUUUUAUUGACCUUAUUACAUGUGAACCUACUCAAUACACUUGUGAAGAAAGUGGGGCCUGUUUGCCAGAAAUAGCAAGAUGCAAUGGUACUGCUGAAUGCAAAUAUGGUGAAGAUGAACGAGAAUGUACGAACUGUCAACUUGAUGAGUUUACUUGCAAUUCAGGUCAAUGCAUACAACGCAAAUGGGUUUGUGACAAAACACGGGAUUGCAAUGGUUCUGAUGAAACAAUUACAACAGUGCAACCGGUGCAUUCUCAAUUUCUUCCUGUGUGUGAUGAAGACAGCUUUCGAUGCAAGUCUGGUGGAUGUGUUGAUUUCUUCUUAUUUGUUUGCAAUGGUAUUCCAGAUUGUUUUGAUGGAUCUGAUGAAAAUGGUGCUUGCAAAUGCAGUCCAACUCCUAAUGGUCCCCAAUGUUCUUGCCAUGAAGGAUAUCACUUAGCAGGUGAUCAUUUAUCAUGUACUGAUAUCAAUGAGUGCAAAGCGGAAUUGCAACAAUGUGGACAAAUUUGCACAAACUCCGCAGGUUCUUUCCAUUGCUCAUGUUAUCCAGAAUUUAUGCUAAGAUCUGAUAAAAGGAGCUGCAAAGCUACUGGAGAUCAAAUGUCCAUCUUAUAUCCACACCUAAGUCUGGAUGUUUCAAAGCACACAAGUACUCUAUACUUCUCCUUGCAUCUCAUUAGUCAAAUAUACAGAUUGGAUAUUAAGAGUGGUGAUGUCCAAUAUAUUAUGAAUAUUGGAAAACCAAUGAAACUUGCUGUUGACUGGACUGGAUACUCAAAUAUUUACUUUAUCAGCGAGGACGAUUUACAUAAAACACUGCGAGUUUGCCACAUAGAGAAUGCUGCAUCUGUACCAGAAUUAGUUGUGGAUCCCAUUAGCAAAUACAUUUUCUACACAGUAACCCACUGGUGGGUGUACGAUAAUCCUAUAACAAUCCUAUACAGGGCAAAUCUGGAUGGCAGCCAUGUCAUAGAACUACGUAAUGAGAAAUUAAACUUAAUAAGUGGAAUUGGUAUCGAUCAUCAUCAAAAAACAGUGUACUACUGUGAUAAACACAAAAACACAAUUGAAUCAGUAUCAUACAAUGGCUCUGAUCAUAGGAUUCUUGUAAAAGAACAAAAGCUGCUCACUGCUCCAAAUGGUUUAGAUGUUUUGAAAACUAUGCUUAUACUUUAG